UGCUCCUUGUCAGCUGCUCGCACUUGUUGCAGUGUCCCGCUCCCGCACUCCUCUUCCUCCCUCCCUCCCUCCAUCCUCUUCUCGUCGUACACAGCGCGCGCACGCAGCUGCCACCGGCCACCGCGCCAACCAAUCCAAAACUCCGCCGCGCGCAGAUCAAGACUGCCACCAGCCACCAGCACUCCAGCAGCGCUUCAGCGGGAGACGUGACGACUGACGAGACGAAGCUUGCGCCUCUCCUCCCCCCCACGCCGCCCACAUGGCCUGGGCUCGCCUUGCCUCCCGCUCCCGUCUGCGCCCCGCGGCCUCCGCCUCCGCCUCCGCCGCCGUCGGCCGACCGCCAAACGCCUCACCGUCGGUUCCGCCUCCCACACCGCCCACUGUGCCUGCGGCCACCUCCGCGCCACCGCUCCGGCAUCUCCUCCUCCUUCCCCGGCACCGGUUUGCUGCCGCCGCGUCCUCGGCGUCGACCGCGCGGCUGCUCGGUGCCCGGUGGCCCCAGGGUCACGGUAGGAGAUGCUUCGCGAGCGAGGCCUCCGCGGCGCAGGCGCCGCCGGGGGAGGCCUCUGAGCUGGUGGAGGUGCCACUGGCGCAGACUGGGGAAGGCAUCGCCGAGUGCGAGCUGCUGCGCUGGUUCGUCGCCGAGGGUGACCAAGUAGAUGAAUUCCAGCCCCUUUGUGAAGUACAGAGUGACAAAGCAACUAUCGAGAUAACAAGUCGUUUCAAGGGAAAAGUACAUCAGAUUAACUUUGGCCCUGGUGACAUAGUCAAGGUUGGUGAAACUUUACUGAAAAUGAUUGUGGGUGACAGCCAAAUUGUUUCCCCAGAUAAUAUAGUUCCAUCUGCUGAUAAGUCCAAUGGAGUAGAGUCUGCAGUUUCCUUAAGUGAAGGCAAUGUUCCUAGUGGAACUCUCUCUACACCAGCUGUUAGGCAUCUAGCAAAGCAGUACGGGAUCAACAUAAAUGAAAUCGUUGGAACAGGGAAAGAUGGUAGGGUUUUGAAAGAAGAUGUGUUGAAUUAUGCUGUCAGCAAGGGUGUUUGCAAAGAACAAUCGUCAGCUUUGGAAGGGAACAUUGAUCAAGUUGAGUUACUGGAGGAAGGGAAAUCAUUACUCGAUGAGCACGUCUAUGAAGAUAAGAAAAUCCUUCUCAGGGGAUACCAGAGAUCAAUGGUCAAAUCAAUGAGCCUGGCUGCAAAAGUUCCACAUUUUCAUUAUCUGGAGGAAAUAAACUGUGAUUCUCUUGUACAACUAAAGACCACAUUUCAAAAUGAGAACAAGGAUCAUACUAUCAAGCACACAUUCCUUCCGUUCCUCAUAAAGUCACUUUCUAUGGCACUGAGUAAAUACCCUAUAUUGAACAGCUCUUUCAUCGAGGAAACUAGUGAAGUUGUGUUCAAAGGGUCCCACAAUAUUGGGGUCGCAAUGGCUACAGCACAUGGAUUAGUCGUGCCAAACAUCAAGAAAGUGCAGUCCCUAUCAAUAUUGGAGAUCACGAAGGAAUUGGCGCGAUUGCAUGAGAUGGCAUCGCACAACAGGCUAAGCGCUGCAGAUAUUGAAGGUGGCACUAUAACACUUAGCAACAUAGGUGCCAUUGGUGGCAAGUUUGGCUCUCCCCUUCUGAACCUACCUGAAGUUGCCAUCAUUGCCCUUGGGCGGAUUCAAAAACUUCCUCGCUUUGAUGAUGACGAAAACGUUUACCCUUCAUCCACAAUCAAUGUUACUAUUGGAGCCGAUCACCGAGUUGUUGAUGGGGCCACGGUUGCAAGAUUCUGUAACGAGUGGAAGAGCCUCGUGGAGAAGCCAGAGCUACUCUUGCUGCAUAUGCGAUGAUCCAGUAAGAUACUAGUACCUACUACGAGAGAUCGCCCAAACCUUUUUAAGAUGAUCUGAAAUGGAGGCAUUCCGGUAUCACAGUGAAAUCCAUGUAUUCAAAUAAAUGAUCAACGUGGCUUCUCUGCCUGCAAACAGUGGAAAUAAAGCGGAGAGUUAUUCUCGAAAGUCCUAACUAAUAAGCUUGCCUCGCCUCAGAACGUUAUGUUUUUCUUUGCUGACAUCCAUAGAUAUUCUUGCUCCGCCUAUCAAUCUAAGAUGUAUUUUUAUUUAAAGAUUGGAAGUUUUGAACAACAAUUAGUGAAACAAAUCCGUUAAUCUGUUUGCUUGCAUAA